GUUUGGCUGACCCAGAGAGCGUGAUGGCAGGAAACUGCGGACGAACGGUUUUAAGACAUAAUUUUAUAUAAACUAUUCUAUUAAGAAGAGUGCUCAUUGCGGCUUCAGCUGUGAGCCUCCGGCACCAUGCCUGAGGCGCCCGCCGACGACGCGCCCGUCGCCUGGGCGCGCUGCUUCGUGCGCGACAUGACGUCACGGGGCUGCCUGGCCGGCAAGAUGACCAUCGACCUGGCCGGCACGGCCAAGGUGGCUACGCUUGUGGACGAGGUAUCGCGUCAGACCAAGUACGCGCCGGACGAGUUCCUCAUCUCGCAGCAGGUGGCGGCCGGCGGCGAGGCGCUGAUCCUGAACGACUACCUGAACUACACGGUGAUGGAGGUGGGCCUGGACACGGGUGGCCAGUCGCGAAACAACUUGAUCAUCACGGACGCCAGGCCGCGCCGCAAGCCGCGGCCGGCGCGCGGCCUCGACAGCGGCGACCACGCCGGACGCACCUCGCCCGUGGCGCCGGCAGCGGCCGGCGGCGCAGACGGAGGCGCCGACGCGCCGCCGGCCGCCCAUGAGCCACCCCCCUACACGUACGCCAGCGGCCUGAUCAAGAGCAACGAGACGGGUCACGUGGGCCUGGUGAACCAGGCGAUGACUUGCUACCUGAACUCGCUACUGCAGACCCUCUUCAUGACCCCCGAGUUCAGGAACGCCAUGUACAGCUGGGAGUAUGACGGCUCCUCCGAGGACGCCGCCAAGUCAAUCCCAUACCAGCUGCAGAAGUUGUUUGUCAACAUGCAGACCACCGACCGUCUGGCGGUGGAGACCACCGAGCUGACCUACUCGUUCGGCUGGGACAGCAGCGAGGCGUGGCAGCAGCACGACAUCCAGGAGCUCUGCCGCGUCAUGUUUGACGCGCUCGAGGUCAAGUUUAAGGAUACCGAGCAGCACGACCUCAUCUCGCGCCUCUACGAAGGCAAAAUGAUCGACUACGUCAAGUGUUUGGAAUGCGGCACGGAGAAGGCGCGCGGCGACACCUACCUGGACAUCCCGCUGCCGAUCCGGCUGUUCGGCGCCACGUCCGCCUUCAGCAGCGUGGAAGAGGCGCUGCGCGGAUUCGUGAAGCCGGAAAUUCUAGACGGAAACAAUCAGUAUCAUUGCGACAACUGCGCACGCAAGUGUGACGCGCACAAAGGUCUCAAGUUCAAGACGUUUCCGUACCUGCUAACACUGCACCUCAAACGUUUCGACUUCGACUAUCAGACGUUGCACCGCAUCAAACUUAAUGACAGGGUGUCGUUCCCGGAGAUCCUGAACCUGAACAGUUUCGUGGAGCGCGUGCCGGCGGCGGACGGUGGCGACGGUUGCCGCUGCGACGACACGUCCACAACGGACAGCGGCGCCGUCCUGGAGGACGACACGCAUCUGCCGGUGGCCGCCGAGGGCGACGUGGGACAGGAGGACGAGGGUAUCGACUGCUCUACGGACAGCGAGACGCGUGCCAAUAACUGGCGGAACGCGGUGCGCGGCCCAUACGAGUACGAGCUGUUCUCCAUCAUGAUCCACGCAGGCAGCGCGUCCGGCGGCCACUACUACGCCUACAUCAAGGACUUCACCAGGCAGGAGUGGUUCUGCUUUAACGACCAGUCCGUGUCGCCGGUGACCCAGGAUGACAUCCGGAGGACUUACGGCGGCGGCACGCGCACUAGCAGCUACUCUUCCAGCACCAAUGCCUAUAUGCUCAUGUACCGACGUAUCGAUAAGGAGCACAACAAGCUGCCGUUGCUAAAAGACGAGUUUCCGGAGUGGAUUCAGAAGCUGUUGACGCGCAUGCGUGAGGGUGAGGACGAGGACCGCGCCAACAAAGAGCGCGAGCGCAGCAUGUGCAAGCUGACCCUGUUCGGUGUGCACCCGGUCAUCAAGACCACCGUCAGCACCGCGUUCCACGUCCACAAGGACAUGCUGCUGGAGGACGCGACUGAGCUGGGCUGGAAGAUGCUCGAGUUUGACAAGCACGUACCGCUGUCGCGGUGUCGUCUAGUCAAAUACGAUGAGCUGAACGACGCCAUCGAAGGGAGUCUGGAGCAGCAGGCCGGCCGCACCAUGGAGGAAGUGAUGGGAGGUGUACGCAGCACCUACAAGCUAGACCUGAUGCUGGACUGGCGCGCGGCAGACGCUGAGUUCGAGGUGUACGCGGCGGGCGACACGACGCUGCAGGUGCUGCGCGUGUCGGCGGCUACGGGGCGCGUCUCGGGACCCACUCCGCUGCGCGCCAACCUGGCGCAGACGGUGGCGGAGCUGCGCGCGGCGCUGGCGCUGCCCGAGGCGGCGCGACUCUGCCUGGCGCGCUAUUGCGGCGAUCUGCGGCCUCUGCUCAGCCCCGAACGCUCGCUCAGGCUGGAGGGCUUCCACAGGAACAGCAGGGUAUUCGUGUCGGAGGACGCCGAGGACGCGGACGUGCCGUUUACGUCGUCCGAGUUCUUCCGAUUGUGCGAUCGGUUCGAGCACACGAUCGGUCUUCAGGUGAUCGUGCCCAACACCGAUCAAGAGACGCUGGACAGACUGGCCAUUCCAUCGCUGGAGGAGGCGGCGCUGGCGGCCGCCGCCGAGCCGGACUCGCCGCCGGCCAGUCCCGAGCCGGCGGCCGACGACCUGCUGGGCGGCGCCAGCUCCGAUCAGAGUGCCUCCGAGGACAGCAGCGCCACCGACAGCGAGCGGACCCUGAUCGGCGGCCAGCCGACGGGGCGCGCCAGCUCGCCCCCGGCCACGCCCAGCAACUCGCCGGCCGGUUCCGACUACCAGAGCAUGCUCUCGCCGCAGGAGGAGGGGUACAAGGGCGUGGAAGUGGAGGGUGCCGCGGAGCCGGUGUACGGCCCCGGGCCAGCGCCCGAGCCCGAGCCGGCCAACGUCAGGCGAUACUUCGUCGUCGAGAAGUCUGUGCCGCAUGAAAACGGCUUUCUGUGGGACGUCCGCCUAGACAAUCGCAUCACCUUAGGAGGCUUUAAGAGGGAAAUUGAGGCAUUAAUCAAUGUGCACCGCGACUACUUCAAAAUACUCAAGAUCUACACCAGCAACCAGGAGUUCGAGUGCACGCGGCUGGACGACCAGCUGAUGACGCACGGCGACAAUGUAACAUUCGUGGCGCGCCUGUCGCGCCGCUUGCGGGACGGAGAGCUGCGCGGCAAGGUCUACAAGCUGGAGCCCAAUGCCACGGAGCCAAGCAAGUUCAUGUUCGAGUGGAUUCUUCGCAAGGGUAUGAGCAUCGAGCAAGCGAAGAAGGAGAUCCUGGCCGAACAGAAGUCCCGGCUGGGCGUUGACGUGCCCAUGUCCAGAUGCCGGCUGCGGAAGAAGAGCUGGAAGAACCCCGGCAAGAUUUACCUAGAUUCAUACAAGUUUGAUGAAGAAGUUCCUCUGUAUCCCAACUGGGAGAUUUUCGUUCAGGAGCUGCCGGAGCCGGAGCAGGUGCAACGGCACGGCCAGCUGGCGCUCUUCUGCCGUCGCUUCCACCCCAGUACCUACCAGUUGGACGACAUGCACGAGCUGGUGCUGCCGGAGUCGUCGGCGGCGGCCCUGCUUGGGGCGCUGGGCCAGCACGCUAGCCUGUCACCCGACAACAUCCGACUGGCCAAGCCGCCCGGCAGCUUCCCCAACGACUUUAACGCGCUGCUGGCGCCCACCGAGCUUGACUGGCUGCAGAAUGUCACCGCGCUGGAUGUCUGGCCGCUCAACAUCCUGGAGGACGGCUACGUGCUCUACUACAAAGAUGGCACCGAGCCCCUGGCCGAGCUGAACGAGCAGCAGCGGCGCGAGAUCAGCCAGCGCGAGACGGCUCGGCUGCAGGCGCGUUCGGCGCUCGGCUCGGCGCUCGGCUCCUCCGGCUCGGCGGCGGCCGCGCCGCGCCGCGAACGCGGCCUCAAAAUCCACGUGGACAUUCAGCCAGCCGCCGGCGACUAGAACGGUCGCGGCCGACCGGCCGGCCGAUGGCUGUGUGUGGUCUGUCUUUGGUAUGUGCGACGGCAUCGGCUGGGUGGCGCGGACUGGCGUCGCGGACCCGGUGGGUAGCUGUGCCGGCAUCCCGUGCUGCCGGCCAGUCCGGGGGUCGGGCAGACGUGGACGGCUCGGCGGACGUGCUGCUGACGGCGCCGGGUGUGCCGCGACCCUGCGCGGGCCGACCGUGAGCCGUGCGCGGAGAAGUGUGCCCUCCCGCCGGGCGCUGUUCUGCCUUAGUGUGUACAAACAGCGCGCCGCUAGUCCGGUGGGCACCGGUCGGAUGGAGGGCGGCGGCUGUGCUCCGCGCCAGUCGGCUCGGCGGCGGCCUGUGUGAUAGCUGCUGCAGGGCGAGGCGGGGCAGUGGACGGGGGACAGCCGGGUCGGCCGCGUGCCGCGCAGUCCGCCGCCGGCCGCCAGCAGGCCACCCGUCUAUCGAGGGCAAUCAAGCUGCCUGCGCAGCCGACUCGCGGCCCCGGCUGAGACCGACGCCGACACGUGUUCAGACCGAAUUGUGGCAUUCGUAACAUGCGUCGGCUCAAUCUGAGUACGGUAUGCGUGGCGGGUCGGCCCGGUUCGGCUUCUGUGUGUGCUAUCAGUUAACAGUCCGUGUUAUGCGAGGGCGCCGGGCUGGCGGCGACGCUCCCGGCGGGGACCCGUUCGGGGUAAUGGUGUCUGUGUCCGCGGGCCAGCCAUCAGCUUGCCGGCGGGGACCCAUUCGGGGCAGUGGUGUCUGUGUCCGCGGGCCAGCUGUUAGCCUGCCGGCGGAUGUUGGGAUGACGGGCGAAAUCACAGCAGCGAUCGCCGCACUCUGUCUAACACAAAUCAAUUCAAUUACGAUGAGUGACCACGUGGUUCGCUUUCGCCGGGACUCGUGCGCUUCUUUCGUAACGGUCGGCUGGCGCUGCUCAGUUUUCUGUCGUUCGCCUAAUUUGCCUCUGAAUGGGCACCUGCUGCGAUGCAUCUGUAAUAAAGUGACUCGAGUUUUGGCGCUAGAUUGUUCCUCUUUGCCCAUUCUGCUUGAUAAUAGGCAGCACAGCGUUCACCGUUUCGACGCCAAAGAAAGAACAUGUUGAGCCGUAAUGGCCUGUUCUUUGUUUGUAUUCUGUUAAUAUACCGGUUGACUGAC